AAUAGCAAUUAUGUCGUGUUUCAAGUGUAAUUUAGCUGUUCAGCCUACCGCUGCUGAUAUUAUAAAGUGUUCCAAAUGCGUUAAAACUUAUCAUGCAGCAUGUACACGCAUUCGUACGCCGGCUAAGUUACUUGCUCUCAAAGACAAGAAAGAUACAUGGCAGUGCGAAGAAUGUUUUAAACCUGCUGCAACUGCAACAUCUGUAGAGCAAGAUCCUAUUCUCGAAGCUAUAAAAAACCUCCAUCUAACAGUGAACUCUAUGGACUCUAAACUUGAUGUCAACACGAAAAAAUUGUCGGAGUUAGAAAGUGCGGUUAAUCUCAAUACUUCUGCUUUGAACGAUAUCCGAAGUGAAUUUAAUCUUUUAAAAACUGAUACUGAAAAUCUAAAAGGUGAAUGUGAGGGUCUAAAGAUGAAGAAUCAGAAGUUCUCGGAGGAACUAUGGAGAACAAGACAAGAUCUCAAUGAUUUGCAGCAAUACUCGCGCAAAAACAAUUUAGAAAUAGUGGGUUUUCCGGUUACUGAGAAUGAAGAUAUUUAUUCAAUCAUUGAAAGUGUUGCAAAAGGACUGAACUUGUCUUACUGUAGGUCUGAAAUAUCCAUAGCACAUCGUAUUCCUGCAACAAAGAAUUCCAAAAUCCCCUCCAUCAUCGUGUCUUACAUUUCGAGAAGUACUCGUAAUGCGUGGAUGGCUGCAGCUAUUGAGAAGAAUAAAAUUCAGCGCCUCAACGCAACCGAGGUCAACGCUUCAUUUCCAUCUGGAGACGUGUAUGUUAACGAACACUUGACACCGCAGAACAAAUUUCUUCUUUCCUAUGGCAAAAACCUGGUGAAAGCGAAAAAACUCCAUAGAGCCUGGUUCAGCAACGGCAAGAUGUGGGUGAAGAAGAACGCAAACGAUCAGCAAAUCAGAGUGUGGUCCCCACAUGACAUCGAUCACGCUGCCACAACCAACGAAUGAAAACAAGUGGUUGAACUCGGGUGAGAACUCUACUAUUAUCAACAUUCAGAAAUUGAAACAAAACUUGCAUGCUCUUGGAAAACAGGAGAGUGUGCUCUCAGCUGAAAAAAAUAAUACCCUGAAAGUCAUUGAUGCCACUGAAAAGAGAUCUCCGUGAUAAGAAAAGAUUGGACACUUUACCACUCUCUUAUCGAGAAGGAAAAAACAUUGAGAGAAAGUCUCGAAAAACUAAAAAAUAAUCUGCAAGAAAUGUGUGAAAACUUUACAAGAAAGUAUUAUCAAACUGUAUUCAAUUUAUUUUCACAUUUCAAAUUACGUAAUCUUGGUUCAAAAUAUUCUCGUUUUUACUGAUAUUAUUUUUCAUAACAAAAAAUGACCAACUACAAAAUCAAAUUAUAUUCAAUUUAUUUUCACCUUAGAUUCUAUAUUUCCUUGAAAUCCUUUCGAAAUAAUCUUUUCUGUCCAUUCCUAUUUUCAUGUGUGCUGAUAUUUUUAUAAUUUUUUGUUUGUGUAAAGUCAAUUCCUACAUAUUUCAGAAGUAGAAGUAAUUUAAUUUGAUAAGUUCAAAUCAACUUUGAUUUUGAAUCAACUUUCCGACUGAUAUUCAAUGUGCCUAUUAUUAUCUUAGUAAAAAUGUUCAUGUUACUCUUAAGGUACCUGAAUUACCUCAAAAUUCAUAAGUGAUAAUAUAUUAAUCAUG